AUACACCUGAAAAAAUACCCCAGCCGUAAAACCCUGCUUCGGGAUUCAAACCAUCCGCGCCAGGCACUGCUGAGCGCGAGAUAAGAUUUCCUGGAGGGGAACCGCCAUCCGAACGCGUCCCCGAGUGUCCAUUCCUCCCGCAGGAAGUCGCCAUGAACGGAGUGAAAGCCGCACCUGUUGAUCUCCUUCACGUCCGAGCCGCGUCCCAGAGGAUCCAUGGCUGGGUGCACAGGACACCCGUGUUCACUUGCCAGGCCCUGGAUGAUAUGGCGGGAAGGGAGCUCUACUUUAAGGCCGAGAAUCUGCAGAAAACUGGCGCCUUUAAGGCCAGGGGCGCCUGCAAUGCGAGUGCGUAGACCUCGACUGCACAGUUGUGUUGCCGAGAGGAGCCCCCAAGGUGAAAUGCGACGCCAUUCGGGGAUAUGGAGCCGAGCUGAUUUUUUGUGAUCCGACUCCCACUGCCAGGAAGAAAAUGUCUGCAAAAAUAGCAAACGAGACGGGCAAGACAAUCAUCAGCUCUUCAGAUAACUAUGACGUGAUGGCAGGGCAGGGAACAAUAGCCCUCGAGCUGUUAGAAGAGGUACCUGAUCUAGAUGCAGUACUUGUGUCCACCAGCGCUGGGGGUAUGUUAGCAGGGAUAGCUGUUGCCGUGCGAGCUUUGCGACCCCAGUGUAGAGUGUAUGCAGUGGAGCCAGUGGGCAAGGGAUUGCAGAAGUGCCUGGAGGCCAAGGAGAGACUGUGGCCAAACCCUUCCAGGUUCCUCAACACCAUUGCUGACUCCAUUAGGCUGCAGGCGAUUGGGGAGCUGACUUUUCCAAUCAUCUGCGACUGCGCGGAUUCGAAGGUAUUCACCGUCACAGAUGACCAGAUGGUGGAAGGCAUGAAGCUAACAUUUGAGAGGAUGAAGUUAGUGGUUGAAGCUGCCUCAGGGGCAGCUGUUUAUGCUGCCGUUCACAUGAUGGACGAGGUGCAGCCCCCCCCUCGCAAGGUGGGGGUUAUUCUGUGUGGCGGCAACACAGAUCUUGACAACCUGCCCUGGCUCACGCGCUCCACCACCUACAACUGACUCGUUCGGCCUCUGCCAGUGGCACUUUUGCCCCACUUUGAAUCCUUUGGCAUUUUAGAUUUCUGGAAUUUAGUUUGUUGAUCAUAAUGUAGUUGAAGUUUGUUGUGGAUUUCGUUUGAAAUAUGAGUUCAUUCUCUUGAAGAUGUAUAAAUGUAUAAGUAAAGAUGAAGCACUUAUGUGAUAUCAGGUGUUCCUGAAUUCUAAUGCAAUUGAAGUAAAAUUGCACCUAGAAAAGUAGUCACUCAUAUUUGAUAGUACUGAGGACAGUAUAUAUAUUUAAUGAUUGAAAGAUUAAUCUACAUAUAAAGGAAAUAUGAACACAGUUAUUACCACAAUAAUACAAAAUAUAAUUAUCGAAAGGAGGAAGUAGAAGUAAACACAAUUUACACUAUGAUAAUGUUUAUGUUGACAACACUCGGACAUGAAACUUAGGGAUUAUGACAAACCAAGUAGUAUAAGAUGAAGAUGGUAAUAAGGAGAUUAAAAAUGGUCAUACAAAUUGUGAGGAAUGAAGAUAAAAGGUAUAUUGAGUCAUUUUGUGAAGUGAAUAUUAUAGCUGGUGAAUUGAUUUACAAUGUUCAAAAACAGCCAUGAUAUUAUGUAAUUUACUAUGUAGCUACUGAAGACGGGGAAUCUCAUACUACACUUCAUCUUCUGUGAUCACUAUGUGUUCUGUGAUUUAUCACUUAAGAUUAUUUGCAUAUGUGAUAUAGGUUUUAGGUGGAAACAUAUGAAAGCUUGUCUCUGUAGGUUCAGCAUAGACUGGGUAAUGAUGUGUAGUUUUGUUAUAGAGUAACUCAACAAACAUUAUGCGAAAGGGCAAUGUACGGAUUCAGAUAAUGCAAAUUAUUUCUUAUCUUUUGAAAUUCUGCUCUGACUUGCUUUUAAGUAGAUUCUACCCCUUGAUUUCUUGAAUCAAGAGCAAUUUUGAUAUCAAGUUCAUCAAAUCACUUAAGUUAUCAAUGUGUUUGUAUGUAGGAUUUUUGUGGUCUUAUAUUGAAAUGUGAAGAACACUUUCUUUAUAAGAGCAUGAAUGUUAUCAUGAAUAGAUAUAAAAGAUGCA